AGCAAUCGGUCGACUUCGCGUCGUUUGUUUUUUGAAAACCCCAGCGGCAUGACUUUUGGUUUAUCGUUGUUAGUUGGGUCUCUGUGUUUUGGAACUGAAACUUCUUGAGGUGAGACUCACAAGUGGUCGAGCCGCCUGUUGACCUUUUGCUUGUGCAAAUUAUUACAUUUUUGCAUAAUCUGUUGGCAACGUGCUAAGUUCAGAAGAGUGCAAAAAGAUAAAAUGAAAUGAGAUCAUGAUAACGUGAGAUGCUAUUUAUAAGCUCAAACACCAAAUAGCAAAGAUCCCGAGACCCAUAAUAAAGCAGAAAAAUAGUAUAUAAAACGAAUGGAAAGUGGAACUAAUCAUUGUGCUCAUAAUAAUACCUAUAACAAACUAUAGUUGGUUAUAAUAGAGUUGAAAAGAUGUGAUACAAAAUAAAUUAAAUUAAUUAUCUUUGGAUAAUUUGAUUGGGACUUAAACAAUAUAUCAGUGCUAGACUUUUGGGGAACUGGUCGCUCGGAAUUAAACGUAGACUUGCACUUGGACUUGGACAAUGAAGCCGCAUCCAGUGUUGCCCGUUUUGUUGUUGGCGCGGCUGCUGGUUUUGUUGUGAUUUGAUUUGGUGCCACUUGCCGGCCGAUCUUGUCUGCUUAGCCAGAAGUUUGCAGUUGGAGGGGCAGCGUUACAGUUCGGAAAAUCGGUCAAUGGAAACGGGCUUGUAAGCAGGUGCACCAAACAGACCCGGAGGCCAGGAGAGAUUGGAGCCGCAGGCAUGUCGCUUAAGAAAGAGACGCCCUCGGACGUGCAACUGCACAUGGCAGCAAUGAGGGGCGACGAGGUGGCUCUACUUCGAGUUCUGGACAGCGGAAAAGUCCAUGUGGAUUGCAAGGAUGAGGAUGGGACAACACCGCUUAUCUUGGCUGCUGCCGGAGGUCACACCUACUGCGUGAUGGAGCUCCUCGAUCAAGGGGCCGAUCCGAACUCGCGUCGUCUCACGGGCACCACGCCCCUUUUCUUUGCCGCCCAGGGCGGUCACCUGGACGUGGUGAAGAUCCUGAUGAAGGCGGGUGCCAAUGUGGACACGCCCUCCGCGGAUGGGGGCACGCCUCUUUUUGUUGCCGCCCAGGGCGGUCAUGUGAAGAUAGUGCGGGAGUUGUUGGACUGUGGAGCGAAUGUCAAUGCCCACAUGAAGGAUCGUGCCACUCCAGUGUUUAUAUCCGCCCAGAAUGGACACCGCACAGUGUUGUCGCUGCUAAUCCAGGCGGAUGCGGAGAUCGAUAUCAAGCGGAUAGACGGCGCCACACCCCUUUGGAUAGCCGCCCAGAUGGGCCAGGACCACAUCUGCAAGGUGCUGCUGCAGAAUGGGGCCAAUGUGGACACGGUGCGCUGCGAUGGCGCCACGCCGCUCUUCAAGGCGGCCCACAAGGGCCAUGCGGCCGUCAUCACCGUUUUGCUCAAGUACCGGCCCAAUCUUGGCCAGCUGCCCAAUGGAGAGUCGGCCCUGCAUGCCGCCGCCAUGUUUGGCCACAUGACCGUCUGCAAACAACUGGUGGCAGCCGGCAGCGAUGUCCUGCUGAAGAACCAGGACGGACUGACGGCCCUGCAGUUGGCACACCAACAGAAGUACACCUCCAUCUGUGAUUACCUCCAGGAGCGGAUCAGGACGAUGGUGGCACGCAGCGCCAAGGCAAUGGUCAGCUCCGGAGUUUCGUCCACGGUCAAGACGAUGUCGGCGUAAGGGGAUAUGGACUUUCGAGUGAAAACGCCUCCAAAGUACCUUUAUGCACUUGGCCUUUCUGCUUAUAUCCAAAAAAGAGCCGAGGGAAGAGGGUGUUCCCUCGGAUGCUGGGCAAUCAAAUGGGGGAAUCAAGAGAUAUAAUGUUUUGUAAAGCCAUUUGGAACGAGAUUUGAAUCAAGGAAAAAUAGGUCUACAUUUAAACGCAAGGGAAAGAGAUAAAACUCCGAUUUGUGUUGCCCAGUGUAACAGUUACACCUGCACAAAAAAUAAUCAUUACAAAAAUCCACUAGUAAAAACACGUCCAAGCUAAACUUAAUGGCCUCCCCCAAGGAAACCAAACUACUUAUUAAAUAAGCCGUAUCAUUCAUACUAAAAACCACUUGGAGCUUGUAUUUUGAAUUUAACAUAAACCAUAACAAUAAUGUUAACUAUAACAAUUACUAUAACAAUGUUAACAUGGACCCGAAAAGAGAAUGUUACAAUGCCCGCUGUACAUAACCAUAUAUAUAAACUUAUAUUUAAAUUAUACCUUAAAACUAUUUAUAGACCUACUGUACCCUAAGCAAUUGUUGACAAGUGCUUUAACUUUAAACGCCUUUUUGUCCUUAAAUUAGCAAUUAGUUAAACUCGAUGGUUUUCUGCUUAUUUCCCUGUAAAGUAGUUACGAUAAUUAAUUAAUUUCUUACUUUAUUAAAUUAUAAGUAUAGUCCACAUUUUUGCAAGUUUAAUAAAUUGACACACGAUUA